AUGUCCGCGCCAGACCUCCUCCCACCGACGCUCCAGAACGUCCUCGAUCAGACCUCUCUCAAAUGGAUCUUUUGUGGAGGAAAGGGUGGUGUUGGUAAAACGACCACUUCCUGUUCUCUUGCCAUCCAACUAUCCAAAGUCCGCGAAUCCGUACUGCUCAUCUCCACAGAUCCUGCACACAAUCUGUCCGACGCCUUUGGGCAAAAGUUCUCCAAAGAUGCCACGAAAGUGAAUGGGUUCGACAAUCUUUUCGCUAUGGAAAUAGAUCCAACGAGCGCCAUCCAAGAAAUGGUCGAGCAAUCCGACUCUAAUGGCAUGAUGGGCUCGAUGAUGCAAGAUCUGGCGUUUGCAAUUCCUGGUGUCGAUGAAGCUAUGAGUUUCGCAGAAAUUAUGAAGCAUGUCAAAUCGAUGGAAUACUCUGUCAUCGUCUUCGACACUGCUCCUACGGGCCACACAUUGCGUUUCCUUUCUUUUCCGACGGUACUCGAGAAGGCACUAGGAAAGCUGAGCACCCUCGGUUCACGAUUUGGGCCUAUGAUCAGUCAGAUGUCUGCAAUGAUGGGAGGAGAAGCUGGCUCACAAGAGGACAUGUUCGCGAAACUCGAGAAUAUGCGUUCUGUGAUCACAGAGGUUAACACCCAAUUCAAAGACCCAGAGAAGACAACAUUCGUCUGUGUCUGCAUCUCCGAAUUCUUGUCCCUAUACGAAACCGAGCGACUAAUCCAAGAACUGACCGCAUACGAAAUCGACACGCACAAUAUCGUCGUUAACCAACUCCUCUUCCCCAAAGCAUCCUCAAAUUGUGAGCACUGCAGCGUCCGCCACAAGAUGCAGCAGAAAUAUCUCAACGAGGCCCACGAACUUUAUGACGAGUUCUUCCACAUCGUGCAGCUACCACUUCUCACGGAGGAAGUGCGCGGACCCGAGAAGCUCAAGGCGUUUAGCAAGAUGUUAGUGGAGCCUUACGCUCCUCCUCAGGAUUAA